UUACAGCUCAAGGCUGCUCUGGCCUUGUAUCAAAAUCAAGAUUCUCUCGUUAUUGCAGGAACUGGCUCUGGGAAAACAUUUAUCAUUGCGCUUCUUCUUCUCAUCGAUGGAACUCCAGACGGCCUUUCUCUCACCAUAUCCCCGCUCAAACGAUUACAAAAGGCUCAAGUGGAGGCAUUCAGAAUGAACUACGGGAUCGAGACUGCUGCGAUCAACGAUGAAACUCCUCACGACGAUGAAUACUGA